UCCAUCCUCGCAGUCGUCCACCAAAAAUGGUAUUCCCACGAAAAUUAUAAUACUAACAGUGGGAUUGGUAAUAGCAUUGAUUAUAUUGGUGACGAUUAUGAAAUCGUGUCUGGAUCGUUAUUGGAAUAAAAGUCGGAAGAAUGUUUGUUCGGACAAAAGCCUUUUGGUACCACAAUACCAACGACCCAAUAAUCGUGGCCUAAAGAAAUCUAGCGUUUCGAAAGCGAAUAGUCGUUUGAUGAUACCACAGCUCGCUUAUUUGGAGGGAGCGCAUGAAAAAAUAUACACCCAGGUGUUAGACGAUCGGAUGAUGGAAAUCGACAUACAAAUAUCUAACAUGGCCAUAGUGCCCAAACCCAAAUUGCACGUGGUAAAUCCAGAUAAAUCUGAAGAAAGUAUUGAGUCAGUGUAG